AUGGAGGAGGCGGCGGUGGAAAUGGAUGGGAUUCAAGUGGAGGCGGAAGCAAUGGCUAUGGAGGAAAUGGAGUUGGAGGAUGGAAUGGAGGAGGAGGAGGAGGUGGGUGGCAGUGGUUGGGACUCCAAUGGCGGGGGAGGAGGAGGUUGGGAUUCAAGUGGAAGUGGUGGGGAUAGUUGGAGUGGGGGAGGAGGCGGUGAUGGACACGGAGGAAACGGAGGAGGUUGGGACUCCAGUAAUGGCGGUGGAGGAGGAGGUUGGGAUGUAAGUGGGGGCGGAGGAGAUAGUUAUGGAGGAGGAGGUGGAGGUGGAGGAGGAGGGUGGGAUUCCAGUGGACAUGGUAGUGGGGGAAGCGGUCAUGGAGGAGGUGGGGGAGGAGGUCACGGAGGAGGAGGCCAUGGGGGUGGCGAUGGAGGUUAUGGAGGAGGUAGUGGGGGUUGGGAUGUAGGUGGAGGAGGAUACGGAGGCGGAGGAGGUGGUGAUCAUGGAGGAGGAGCUGUUGGAGGUGGUUGGGACGUUGGUGGAGGUGGAUACGGAGGAGGAGGUGGACAUGGAGGAGGCGGAGGCGGAUAUGGAGGGGGUGGAGGAGGCCAUGGAGGAGGAGGUGGGGGAGGCUGGGAUGUAGGAGGAGGUGGACAUGUAGGUGGCGGAGGAGGUGGAGGACUCUAUGGAGGAGGUGCAGGAGGCUAUGGAGGAGGAGGGGGCUGGGACUGGAGGAGGCCAUGGAGGAGGGGGCGGAGGUUAUGGAGGGGGUGGGGUGGUCAUGGACAAUCCUGCAAAAUAAAAAAGAAACUAGUUUGGAAAGACGAAUGGAUUAAAGUAUGGAAAACUGAAGAAAAGAAAAUUUGGAAAACUGAAUCCAAAAAAGAAAAAGUCCCAGUUUGGAAAGAAGUACAAGUUCCAAUAUGGAAAGAAAUUCAAGUUCCUGCAUGGAAAACUAUUCAAGUACCUGAAUGGAUUAAGAAAGAGGUUCCGGGAUGGAAAAUUGAAAAGGUUCCUGCUUGGAAAAAAAUACAGAAACCUAUUUGGAAAGAAAAACAAGUGCCAGCCUGGAAAGAGGUGCAAGUUCCUGCUUGGAAAAAAGUUUGGGUACCUGUAACGAUUAAAAAGUGGAUUCCUGAUGAGCAUGGAUGGGACCGCUCAGCCUCAGGAAAGUGGGUUAAAAAGAUGAUUUGGAAACCAGUAUGGAAGAAAAUUUGGAAGUCCGAAAAGAAGGAGAUUUGGGUCACGAAAAAGGAACUCGUGUGGAAAGAAGAGUGGGUGCAAAUCUGGAAAGAAGAGAAGAAACAAAUUUGGGUUAUAGAAAAGAAGUUAAUAUGGAAAGAGAAACACAUAAAAAUAUGGAAAACCGAGAAGAAGCAAGAAUGGGUAACAAAGAAAGAGUUGAUUUGGAAGGAAGUCUGGAAGCAAGUGCAGGUUCCAGCUGUGAAGCACAUCCAAGUUCCUGCGUGGAAGAAAGUCAGUAAGCCAGUCUGGCACGAAGCCUGUGUACCUGAAGAAGAACAUCAUGGAGGUCCUUAUCCUUGAUGUUCCUAUACAUCUUCUUGUUAUCUGUCAAAUUUGUAAAUAUUUCCUUUUUUGUACAAAUUUUUGUUAUAUAAAGUUGUAGAUUUGUUA